AUGGUGGACCCUGGAUUCAAGCUUUGCACUCCAAUUCUGAAGAGAGCAGCAGGUAGACCAAGGAAGAGUGGAAUUAGACCUCGCAGCGAAGGAGCUGGACUUGGAGCGAGGAAGUGUAAGUGCACAAGGUGUGGUGGGUCUGGUCAUUUCGGUAAGUAUUGUGAUAACACAGUAGAUCCAGCGUUCGGAGAGAGUUUCGAUGAAGGCUUCGAUGAAAAUGUUGGUCAGCAGCCGGUUGCCUCAACAGAUGAUGAAAAUGAUGGUCAACAUCCGGUUGCAUUAGAUGAGGAUUUUGACGAGGUUCCAAAUGAUGAUGGUCAACAGCCGCAUGAUUUUGACGAUGAUCCAAAAUAUCCUCCAAAUAAUGAUUCAAGUGAGGCUCCAAAUGGUGAUCCAAGUGAGGCUCCAAAUGGUGAUCAUGGUGAUCCAAGUGAGGCUCCAAAUGAUGAUCCAAGUGAGGCUCCAAAUGGUGACCAACCUUCUGUUGUUGUGAGUUCUGCUAGCUCUAUGAUAGGUUUGAAGAAGACGCGCAAGGUACCGACAACCAAGAGGAGAAGAGAAGAAGCAAUGAGCACAAGGUGCACGAGGAGCAAAGUGAUAGCAAGAAGUUCAAGGAACAGACAGAAGCCCCAACGCUAUUUAUGAAUAAUUAUGAAACAUUAUGAAUAAUGUUGUAUUUCUGUUGGAUGAUGUUGGACCUAUGUUAGAACUAUGUUUGACAUGAUGUUUAAAUCUGUUGGAUGAUGUUUGAAUGAGCACAUGGUUUUUCCUUUUUUUGAUUUUUUUCAAUUUUGUUUUGCUUAUUUGAAUUCUGGUCAAACCUACCUUUGACCAAGAUUUAAACAAGUCUAAAACAUCAAAAAUAAAAAACUAAGCCUGGAUCCUUCUUAGUCAAUCCAAAAUGAAGAUGUGGUGAGGUAUUUGAAAUUUUCAUGAAAAAUGUGCUAAAAAGAGGGGUCCAAAGGUAGGGUAAACGGCCUCAUUUCUAAGCAAGGUUUUUUUCGACCUUGUCUAAAUCAGCCAAAUAACUUUCCUACACAUAUAUUCU